CAGUCAAGCGGUGUGGAUGUUCUGACGGGUUCUUUGUGGCGCGUGCAUCAGUUAGUUUUGUUACGUGUGCUCUUCUUCUUCUGUGUUCGAGUUCGUCCCACACGUAGGUCGGAGCGCUUCUUCGAUGUAAUUACGGCUCCAAGACUUUCACGUGCCCCGUAGCUUGUUGUGGUGCCAGUCAGCCUGUCCUGCCGCGAAGUGGGUUUGUGGUGGCGUGGUGUACACCAGGAAGGAACAGGUUUCUCGCGUGUGCUUCAGAAGAACUUUUUCGCAGGUCAACAACAUUGUGCACAGAACGCUUGACGUGCGUUGCGUGUUGUUUUCGUGGGCUAACAAAAGACGCUUUCAUCCGAGCCGUUUUCCCGAUGUGAAUGCAUUGUUGUGAGAUAAGUUGCGAGAUAGACGGUUAAAAACACUUUUUAAAAGACUGACAGACGCCCAUCAGCCAACAUGGCGAUCGCGUUUUACUGCGAGGAAGAGGAGGACCCCAAGGUCUACUACGAUUCGUAUGGAUACGGCUACCAGUUGCAGUCGCAGCAAUCACAGCAUGCUGCUACUGCACCGCCAGCUACUGGAAGUCAACAACCAGUAGCACAGCAGGCCGCAACUGGUGUUGAUGAAAACAACAACAACAACUGUGCGUUGCACGGAAGCUCGCCGCUGCCGGCAGACGUCGUCAACAACCGGCAAUUGAUGCGAGUCGUCCUGCACCAGGUGUUGUACCGGUGUACGAUGGAAGGUGCCCUCAGUCCCGCCCACACGUCCUGCGUGUUCUGCAACAAAAUCUACUAUCUGUUCCAGCUGCUAUACUGACAUCGUCGUCCCCAGCGGGGUUGGCCCGUCGGCAAUCCGGGCAGCUAGGAGUUCCAACCAUAAAACAAAACAAAACUAAAUAAAAAUCGAAAAAAACGAACUAAACCACUUCAACGAAAAAAAAAAUAAGCGAAAAAAAACAUCAUCAAAGCUAACGAAUCGACGGAUCAGCUGCUGGGAGCUGCGCAGGACGAAAUAUUUCACGUGUUGCCAAGCAGCCCAUUUCUGCGGUGCGCGCAGCCCCAAGUCCCGAUCGCGGAGAUUUCCUGUGAUGAACCAAUUAAACUAUUAAAAGUUUAAGAUUAUUCGGACUAGGCAUUUAGUUAGCAUAAGAAACUUUAAUUGUAAGCGCCAGUGCAGCUUAGGCUUCUAUAAGCAUUUGAAGAGUAAUUUUAGAUAAUAUUGGUAAGACACUAAUAGCGCAUUGUCGAUAUUAGGAAGCGAAAA